GGAAGUGAAAGGUACGAAACAUUUUAGGAUAUAGAGUGAGUUAGUAAAGUGAAAGUAUUUAUCAUCCCUUUUUUUUUUCUUCUGAAAUUAGAAACCAAAUUGCAAUGAUGAUACCCAAUUUCUCUCCAUUAUUCUUCACCUGAUUUGCUCCCUUGAAAACACAAAAGUUGCUUUACACAGAUCACAACACCCAUUGUUCUCCAUUACAAAUCUUGGAUUCUAUUUCCUUUUCAUGCUGUUACCUCUCAGCUCUACUCAUCAACAAUGGCGAUCAUAACCGAAGAACCAGACUCACCUACUCCACAGAAGAACCAAAAACCCCUUAAAAAACCAAAUUCAAAACCUCCACAAUCCACCUCCCCAAAUCCCACCAAACCCACAAAAACAACAAAUGCAACAACAAACCCACUUCAUUUCUGGUUCUAUUUCACCAUUUCAGUCUCUCUUAUAACCCUCAUAUUCAUGACUCUCACUUCUCUUUACCCACAAGACCUUAAAACAUGGUUCCUUAGCUUGCCUCCUAAUCUACGCCAACACUACUCUAAAGGGCAAAAUAUCAAAGUUCAGAUCACCCCUAACCAGCCACAAGUUGAAGUCUUUACUAUCCAAGAAGGACCCUCAAAGUCUUCUGAUCAUGUACUUAUUGUACAUGGGCUAGGAUGUAGUUCUUUUGGGUUUCAAAAAGUUGUCAACUUUUUGGGGGUUAGAGGUGUUCAUGCUGUUGCUAUUGAUCUCCCUGGGUCUGGGUUUUCGGAUAAGACGAUAGUUGUGGAGGAAGAGAGUGUGGGUGGUGGUGGGGUUUUAGAGAGGUUUAGGGAUAUGUAUAGUGAAAUUCAAGAAAAGGGUAUCUUUUGGGGGUUUGAUCAGCUUGUUGAGCAGGGAUAUGUGAACUAUGAGGAAAAUAAUAAGAUCAGGGUUUCGAAAAGAAAUGUUGUUAAGGCCAUUGAUUUGGGACCUGAAGAGAUGGGAAAAGUGUUAGGUCAAGUGAUUGAUUCAAUGGGAUUGUCACCUGUGGAUUUGAUUUUGCAUGAUUCUGCAUUGGGUUUGAGUGCUAAUUGGGUUUCGGAGAACCGGGGAUUGCUUAGAAGUGUGGUGGUUCUAGAUAGUGCAACGAGUGGAACAGCAUUGCCAUUGUGGGUGUUGGAAAUGCCAGUUGUGAGGGAUGUUGUUUUGGGAUUUGGAUUUGCUUUUAGGAGAUUACUUGGAACGUGCUGUUCGAGAUCGGUUGGUGACUUGGAGGCUGAGGGUCAUAGGAUUCUUUUGAAGGGAAGGGAUGGAAGAAGAGCUGUUGUUGGGAUGGGGAAGAACCUAAAUUGUAGCUUUGAUUUGAAUGAAUGGGCUGCUUUAGAUGGAGUGAAAGGUCUACCAAUGCAAGUAAUUUGGUCUGAUGCCUUGUCCAAAGAGUGGACCAAGGAAGGACGUCAAGUUGCUGAUGCAAUUCCACAGGCAAAAUUUGUCACUCAUUCUGGUGGUAGAUGGCCCCAGGAGCAUAAUUCUGAGGAGAUAGCUGAAAGUAUCUAUCAAUUUGUCUCCUCCUUGCCGAAGUCUGUGAAACAAACUGAGGAAGAACCUGUACCUGAGCAUAUCCAGAAGAUGUUUGAUGAAGCGCAGAGUGGUGAUCAACACCACCAUCAUGGUCAUGAUGGCCAUGGCCAUGGCCACGAGCAUGGUCAUAGCCAUGGACAUGCUCAUGCCGGAUAUAUGGAUGCAUAUGGGCUUGGUCAGGGGUGGGCCAUGUGAUUUGCUUUCCAUUAAAUGUACUCUUUGAUUGCUUUCUAAGUUUUAAGACUAGAAUAGAUUCAUACCAUUAAAUUCCUCUUCUUUUUUCCCACUCUAGCUGCAGUUUCAUAGUGGUAACUGCUCAGAGCUUUUCUGCUAUCUAAUUUUUGUUUUUGUAUAAGUGUUGUACUAUGUAUCCGAUCAAGUUGAGAGUCUGUAAUGUAGUCUGAGGUGUAGUCACACUGAUGAUUGGCUGCUACACCCUAAAUCUUUCAAAUACAUUUAAUCUCUUUGUAAUAUGCAUACUUGUGUGCUUAA